AUGAACCUCCUACGAAUGCUUCAACCCGAGGCUAAGCCCCUCUUUAUCGACUUCGACUUCGCCAACGCGCCCCUCACAUCGUCCGGCUUCGUUGCUCGCAAACCGUCCGACGCCCAUAAGCGCUCGUCAUUUCCGAAAACCCUGAAGGAAUUUACGAGGGAGGGAUUCACCAUCGUGCACUGGGAUGGGAGAACUCAACGCCCGAUGGUCGAUCGCAAAACGCAGCGGGUCAUUGGACUAUUGGCCGGGAUCCCUGGCCGAAACUGGAACAACGUCGUUCCCCGAGUGAAUUCGGCUCUGAACCACUCCCGACAAACUCUGCUCGCUUGGGAGAAGGGGGGUCCUCCUUCUGCUCGCCGAGGGACCUUUCUCGCCAAACAGACCGGUUACUCCUAUGGCGGUGGACGUCGUCAACCGGGCCCCUUCAAGAAUUCUCAACGCGUUCAACGCGUUCUGGAUUCUAUUGUCAAGAGCCCUGAUUUAGUCCAGCUUGCUGACUUCAUUAGCUCAUCCCUCUUUACGUGGGCCCCUAAUCUAUACUGGAACUACAAGGUCACCCUCGACGCGAUCGAGAAUGCGAGGUCGACCACGCAAGAACUUAAACGUCCCUUCCCUGGGACCGUGUUUCCCGCCUCUACCUUAAACUUCGGCCCUCACACCGUCACCCUCCCUCAUCGCGACGCUGCCAACCUGGCCUUCGGAUGGUGCGCUAUAACAUCCUUCGGUUCCUUUGAUCCCACCAUAGGUGGUCACCUCGUUCUGUGGGACCUCAGACUUGUCAUUGAGUUCCCCCCUGGCUCCACUAUUCUUAUCCCCUCCGCCCUCCUUACCCACAGCAACAUUCGCGUACGUGCCCAUGAAACCCGUAUGUCCCUUACCCACUACAUGGCCGGCCAACUCUUCCACUGGGCCGCAUGCGACCACCAGACUAAGAAAGAACGAAUAGUCCAGCUGAAGAUCCCCCGUGAAGAGGUUCACAAGUGGUAUCCGACCACAGAGUUUAUCUCCCGUGCCUUUGAUAAUUUUUCCAGAUACAAGUCCUAG